UAGUGCACAUGUGGGUUUGUUUUUAUCCGUGUGUUUACUUUGACAGUUAAAUUAAACCAGCAAAUUAAACCAGGCUAGUUCGGUUCUGUGCUCAUGUCGGACCAGGACUGGGCUGCAGGGGAGAGAAGCUCUCUGAGGAUGACGCGCAGCGCGCCGGCCGGAUAAAGUGCUCGCGAUGUGGCUCGUCGCGCAUGUUCUACUGCUACAGCUGCUGUGCGUUGGUCGGGCUUGAGCCACAGGACGUGCCGAGCGUCAAGCUGCCAGUGAAGAUCGACAUCAUCAAACACCCGAAUGAAACGGACGGUAAAAGCACCGCAGUGCAGGCCAGACUGCUCGCUCCACAGGACGUCACUAUCUACACCUAUCCCUGUAUCCCGGAGCUCGAUCAGUCUGUAGAAAACAUCGUGCUGGUGUUUCCUGGUCCAGAAGCGAUGACAGUUGAGCAAUUAUGGGAAUAUUUUUGUGCUGGUGGAGAGAGUUACAGCAGUGUGACGAAAGCAAAGAGGUUAAAGGUGGAGAAACAGAGUGACACAGCUGCUGACAAGCACACCUGUCCAAUUCAAAGAGUCGUUUUCAUCGACAGCACCUGGAACCAAACCACCAGAAUCAUUACAGACGAACGUCUACAAGCUUUACCAAAUGUGGAGCUCAAGAGCAGAAGAACCUGUUUUUGGCGGCGCCAGCGAGGGUGUCCAGACACGUACCUAGCAACCAUAGAGGCCAUUUACUACUUCCUGAAGGACCUUCACAGCCACUAUUUCUCAGAGUAUAAAGGAGAAUAUGACAAUUUGCUUUUCUUCUUCUCAUUCCUGCAUAAACUCAUCAACAAAGCCAAACAGUCUGCUGGGAAAGUGUAACACGUUUAAAAAAAAAAAUGACCUCAAAUGACUAAACCACAGGGACACUCCGUUCCAAUAAAAUGCUCCAGCUGUUAGAGGAACACGCUGAUGCAUUUGAACCCAUGUGUUUUUAUUUGAAAGAUAAUACUUGAUACAGAUCCAGUUUGUCGCAGUGAUAUUUAAAUGUUUUUAUUUACAAAUCAAAGACUGAAUGUAAUUGCAAAUAUUCUCAGAAUGGUUGAGACAUCACUGGUAACUGAAUUGACUGAUUAACAUGUUGUUUUUAAGGCACUUUAAUGUGUAUCUGACAAUAAAAUGAUUUUCUUGUA